AUGGCCGGCAGGGAAGUGUUGAAGAGGAUGAAGAAGGGUGCCACACCCAAGUCAAGGUCGAAAGUUGAAACUUCAACGAGGAUCAGGACCGGGAAGGUCGUCAGCCCCAAGACAUCAGAGGACAGCCUGCAUGACAUGUCCUCCCGUACUCCCAAGUCAAGAUCCUCCAACACGGUGCGGAUCUCAGCGCGAACGCCGACCGUGGCAACGGUCGGGCGAACCAGGUCACCCAGGUCCUCCUCCUCGCUCAGCCAACGGAACGCGGGCAUGUCGCCCAUCUCGUCGAGCGCGUCUCCUCUCUUUAGCCCCAAGAGCCCUCACUCUCGCUCCAACGACUCCACCCUCCUCCAGCUCCAGCUCGAGAACGAGCUGCUCAUGACCAGGGCGGAGGCGGCAGAGAGGAGGUCGGAGCUGCUGAGCACGGAGGUGGACAGGCUCAACGACUGCAUGCUGCAGACGCAAAGAGCAUGCGAGGAGGCGCAGGUGCAGGUGGAGCAGCUGAGGAAGCAGGAGGCGGAGGCGAGGAACGAGCUCGAUAACCUUGACCGGGAGUACAGGGACUGCGCGUACCACCUCAAGAGCCUUACGGAGAAGAACGCGGAUCUUAUCAAGGCGCUGCAGGAGGAAUCGAGAACAAGAGCGAAGAUUGAGGCAGCGAGCAAGCGGCUAGCGGCAGAGAACGAGACGCUGAGGAGCAGGGCGGACAAGCUCAACAUCGAGGUCGCAAGGGAGUCGACCGAGCGGAAAAGCAGCACGAGCAUCGUCAAGGACCUGCAGAAGGAGACGGAGAGGCUGAGGGAGGAGCUGAACAGCGUCAGGAUCGAUCACAAGCUGCUGCUGGAGAAGAAGGCGAGCGGCGAGCUGCAGCUGCAGGAGAGGAUCCAAUCUCUCGACUCGCAGAGCCGUUCGUACCAGGAUGAGCUUGCUGCCUGCAAGCAGAGGCUGGCAGCGAUAGAGCAUGAGGGGAUAGAGAAGGAUCGAGCAAACCGAGAGCUGAAGACCAUGCUGCACGAGCAGGGGGAGAAGCUCAAGGCAGUGCAGGAUCAGGUGACCAUCAACAACGACUACACGGAGAAGUUGGAGGAGGAGGUGAAGAAGAAACAGGAGAGGCUCUCGACUGCUGCUGAGCGUCAGAACGAGAAGCGGCUGCAGCUGAAGAUCAAACAUCUCGAGGAGCUCGGGCAGUCGGGGGAGAAUCACGUGAAGGAGGUGGUGAAGAGAAUGGACAAUGAAAUCUCACAGCUGCGGUCAGAGCUGGGGAAGGAGCAGGCGGAGAGCAGCAGGCUGACAGAGAGACUGAUCCACUUUGAGAGGAAGGCGGAGGACGCGGACAGGGUGAUCGCCGAGCUGGAGAAGGAGGUGGCGGCCGUGUGGGAUGCGAAGGAGAGAGGAAGCAAGUCGCUGCUGUCCAACCAGGACGCGCUGCUGGCUCUGCAGCAGGAGGUGCUGAAGGAGAACAGGAGCAUCAUGUUUGAACUGCGGACGCUGGAAGAAAGGAACGCCUCCUUGCUCAAGAUGCUCGGGGGGGAGGAGGAGCGAGCGACUGAGAGCGAGAAGCAGAUAGAUGUCAUCCGGAGGGAAAACUCGGAGCUCAGCUCGACCUUGUCGCUCAAGGAGAAGGAGAUCUCGGACAUGUCAAGGACCUUGACUGAGGCUCAAGGGGAGCUCGCGAAGGUUUCGAUGAGGAUGCAAGCUGAGGCCAACGAGGCGGCAAGGCUGAAGACAGAAGUUGAAGCGCUACAAUACAAAGUGGUGCGCGGAAGCUUCUUGCUCUGUCCUCGCCCUUCCCAUCCUCGGACCUCAGUCACACCAUGA